CCAUUCCACAAUUAUAUUGUUCAUAUCAGUCGAUUGUAAAUUAUUUUGAUCAAAAUCAUUCUUUUUGAAACUCAAAUUUACGUGAAAAAAAUGAAAUUCAUUUUAGCCAUCAUCUCACUUACCCUUCUCAUCAAUGGCAUCAUUGCCGAUGAUAACAAUAAAGAACAAUUAUUGAAAAAAGGUGAAGAAAUUGGCAAAAAAGCUGAAGAUGCAUUGAAAAUGUUAAAAUCACAAAAUCGUAAUCGUGAAGCACGUCGUUUGGAAAAAGAUAUACCUUUGUUGGAAAAAUCGAUGCAAGAUUAUCGUAACACAAAAACCACUGAUGAUGAUGAUGAUAAAACAAAAAUACUUGAAAAAGAAUUAACAUUAUUGAUUAAGAAAAUGUCAUUGGAAAUUCAGAUGGCAUAUUCCGAUGAACCAGAUAUGCAUACAUUAUUAGUAAAUCGAGCCAAAGAUAUGGUUAAACGUGGUGAAAAAACUUUGGAAUUUUUAAAAUCAAAAAAUCGUCUUGAAGAUGGUAAAACAAUUGAAAAUGAUGUUAAUGGUUUGAAACAAAUUAUCGAUAAAGUUGAACAAGAAGAUGAUUUGAUCAAAUUGAAUGAUCUUGAAUUACAGAUGAUUAAAGCGGAAAACAAAUUGAGUAACGAUAUUUUCGAUAUAGUUAAUCCACAUUAGUUUUUUCUUCGAAUAAUAAAUUUAUUUUAAUUAAAGAAUUUGUAAUUUUUUUAAAAAUCAAUGAUAUCAAUAAAUUAUUUUAGACAAAAAUUCUUU